AUGUGGAAACAGGAAUACACCUUGAUCCUGCUAUCAAGGAAGUUCAAUACAAUCCCACUUACGAUACCAUGUUUGCACCUGAGUUUGGACCAGAAAAUCCAUUUAGGACUCAACAAAUGGCUGCACCUAGAAAUAUGCUUUCUGGAUAUGCAGAACCAGCUCACAUCAAUGAUUUCAUGUUUGAACAACAAAGAAGAACAUUUGCAACCUAUGGUUAUGCAUUAGAUCCCUCUAUAGAUAACCCUGAAGUUGCUACCAAAUAUAUUGGUUCUGUAGAAGAAGCUGAAAAAAAUCAAGGUUUAACAGUGUUUGAAACAGGACAAAGGAAAAUUGAAAAAAGGAAGAAAUUCAAGGAGAAUGAUGCAUCUAAUAUUGAUGGUUUUCUGGGACCAUGGGCGAAGUAUGUUGAUGAAAAAGAAGUAGCCAAACCAUCAGAAGAAGAACAGAAGGAGUUGGACGAAAUAACAGCUAAGAGGCAGAAGAGAGGAAAACUAGAAGAUGAUAAACCUGGAGAGGAGAAGACUAUAUUACAUGUUAAGGAAAUGUAUGACUAUCAGGGGAGAUCUUAUCUUCAUGUCCCUCAAGAUGUUGGAGUUAAUCUCCGUUCUACAGUGCCACCUGAGAAGUGCUAUCUUCCAAAGAAACAAAUCCAUGUGUGGUCUGGACAUACAAAGGGUGUCAGUGCAGUUAGGUUGUUUCCUCUCUCUGGGCAUAUACUGUUGUCUUGCUCUAUGGAUUGCAAAAUUAAGCUGUGGGAAGUAUAUGGUGAUCGAAGAUGUCUACGAACAUUUAUUGGACAUAGUAAAGCUGUUCGAGACAUCUGUUUUAAUAAUGCUGGCACUCGGUUUCUUAGUGCUGCAUAUGACCGCUAUCUUAAACUCUGGGACACUGAAACAGGGCAAUGUAUUUCAAGAUUCACAAACAGGAAGGUUCCUUACUGUGUCAAGUUCAAUCCUGACGAAGAUAAACAAAAUCUCUUUGUGGCAGGAAUGUCAGAUAAGAAAAUUGUGCAGUGGGAUAUUCGAAGUGGUGAGAUCGUGCAGGAAUACGAUAGGCAUUUGGGAGCUGUCAACACCAUUGUGUUUGUGGAUGAAAAUAGAAGGUUUGUGAGCACAUCUGAUGACAAGAGUUUAAGAGUCUGGGAAUGGGACAUUCCUGUAGACUUCAAGUACAUAGCUGAGCCAAGUAUGCAUUCGAUGCCAGCCGUGACUUUGUCUCCAAAUGGGAAAUGGUUGGCUUGCCAAUCGAUGGAUAACCAAAUUCUGAUUUUUGGAGCUCAGAACAGAUUCAGAUUAAACAAAAAGAAAAUUUUCAAGGGUCACAUGGUAGCUGGCUACGCUUGUCAAGUGGAUUUUUCACCUGACAUGAGCUAUGUGAUAUCUGGAGAUGCAGAUGGAAAACUUAACAUCUGGGACUGGAAGACAACAAAACUCUACAGCAGAUUAAAAGCACACGAUAAAGUCUGUAUCGGUGCAGUGUGGCAUCCACAUGAAACAUCUAAAGUCAUUACGUGUGGCUGGGAUGGUCUUAUUAAACUAUGGGACUAAUGAGGAUGCUACGAAGAUCUAAAGAUGUAAGGCCUGCAUACGUCCGAGAUUAGAGUGAGUUUUGCCGUAAGGAUGAGUAGACAUUUGUAAUACUGCAGUUCUCAGCUACCUGUAUAUAUGCACGAAAAAUGGGAAAUCUUCAGAAGACAGAACUGAAAGGACAUAGUUCUAAAUAUGACCUCUGAGUAUGAGAAGCUAAGGUCAUCUGAAGCAUGCAGAAUCAAGUGUUAGUUUGUCAUGUCAUUUUUUGUGCAAAACUCUUGUAAAAUAAAAGUAUUUUAUGAAAAACUA